AUGUCACAGAAACGUGGCGGUUCGUUCAAUCACUACGACAGCCGGAAUCAGUUCGACAAGCGCAGUCGCCCAAAUCAGCCCUCGUUCAAUUCUGCAUCUUACAGCAACAGCAAUAGCAACCGCGAUGCCCGACAGCAGUACCCGCUGCAGCGCAGCCACGGCCACCAGCAACCUCGUGGCGGUGUCGGUGCUACCGUUCAUGCCGAAUUGUCUAAAGCAGACAUGCAAACAGGGCUCGUAGCCUUGCUGGACCGAUUGGUUGCCGAUGAAACCAGACCUGACGCCGACCGCGAUGUCCUACACCAUGCAAGUGAGCUGCGAAGACUCCUUGCCCGCAAAGGCAACCCUGUUUCUGCAGCAUCACGGCGCGAACUCGACGAGAAGCGGCCUGGGACAGCGCCCAAGGUCGAAAUACCCGCAUACGUCCACCGCAAAGUCCAAGAAGCCAAGGACCUUCCACCGCUCCCGCCCAUCGACGAGCCCUACAUACACGAUGCAGUCUUCACGCACCGUUCUUUCAUCGUUAAGAAUGGCGAAAAGGGCACUUACACCGAUCUCGACCUCGACUACGAACGUCUCGAAUUUCUUGGCGACGCCUACAUCGAGCUCAUGGCCUCGCACGCGCUCUACAGUAGAUUUCCCCACGUCGACGUGCCUCAGCUAUGUUCUUGGCGAGAGCGCCUUGUAGAGAAUUCCAUGCUGGGCAAGUUCUCCGAAGCGUAUGGAUUUAUGGAUCGGCUACGGCACCACAGCCAUUGGGACCGCAACUCAAAGGCAUGGAAGAAAGUCGUUGCCGAUAUCUUCGAAGCCUACGUUGCCGGCAUCGUUCUGGCCGACCCGCAGAAUGGCUUCAACAUUGCGGAUGAGUGGCUCACAGAGCUCUGGGCGCCGCAAUUACUCAGCUUUAAGGAGAAGAUUAUUGAAGACCCACAUGCAAAGAACAAGCUUGCCGCGUUGAUUGUUGUCAAUGAAAUCAGACUUGGAUACCGCGAAGAGCGUCCCAUGAUAUACGAGAAGGGCAGCAAUCUGCAGAAGUAUUUCAUGGGGGUGUACCUGACGGGCUGGGGUUACCAGGAUGAAUGGCUCGGCAGCGGAGAGGGGCAGAACAAGGCCAACGCUUCCUCGGCGGCGGCAGCUGAUGCCAUCAAGAAAAACAGCAGCGUGAUCCAGAACGCAGCAAAGCAGAAGGCCGAGCUUGUCGCGAAGAGGAGGGAAGAGAAGGCAAAGGUCGAAGCAGAGGUUGCUGCUAAGGUAGCUGAUGAGGACAAGACAGUGUCGCUGCUAGCUGGCGAAGAGACAGACAAGAGUAAAAACAAGAAAAGGGAGAGAGAUUCUGCAGAUGCCGAGAAAACGUCCAAGAAGAAGCACAAGAGAGACAGGAAAGAGAAGCAGCAGAAGGACUCGACUGAUGGCGAGUCGUUGGCGUAG